AGACAAGGUUAAAUUAUAGGUCACUGGUUAAAUACCUCACAACACUAAGUAGGUCACUCUUGGAUACGACAGGCUUAUGGGGUCGCAUAUCGUCCGUCGCGUCUAGUAACGGAUUCAGUGUCAUGUUAUGAGAAAAGUAUCGCUACAAACAGAUGGACCACGGAGGAUAAAUAGUUCGCUGUAUGUGUACCAGCCAAACUCUGAUGUGAUAACCAACUGUCAUUUGUUAUCUCCCUUCGUCAACAACGAGUGCUGUAACUUGUGCAACGCACUUGUCUGCAAUACCAUUUAGUAUUUUCUUUUGCUGUAACCUGUAAGAGCCAUGACUUUGAACCAACAGUCGGCACGAACAUUUGAUGAUGAUGUGUUGCUCUAUUUUCACCCUUCGAUGGAAAACCUUGCGAGAGAGAUUGCUAAUAAAUGCGACGGUCAGAAAAAGGAGAUUACAAAUAAUGUUUAGAAGGAAGCUGAGUCAUACAGUCGCCGGGUAUGCUUUUGUGAUAAAAUCCGGUGGAGGCAUUUCAACGAUGGUUUUCCAGACCUUUUUAUUGAUGAUGUAAAGGCGAUGGCUGGAAAGGACGUUAUCUUUCUUGGGAGCUUUCAUUCUCCAGAGGUAAUAUUUGAGCAGCUCUCACUACUAUAUGCAUUCCCAAGGUAUCUUGCAAGAUCAUUUCACUUCAUCAUGCCUUAUUUUCCAACAGGAACUAUGGAACGCAUUGAUUUGGAGGGUCAGAUUGCCACAGCAAAGACUCUGGCCACACUGCUGUCUGCAAUUCCCCUAAGUGCUAAGGGACCUGCCCAGAUUAUGAUUUAUGACAUCCAUGCCUUGCAGGAGAGAUUUUACUUUUCAGAUACGGUCAUCCCAAGACUUGUAACUGCCAUUCCUCUUCUUCAACGGGAAUUAGACCAGCUUUCAGACUGCAGUAACCUUGCUUAUGCCUUUCCUGAUGAUGGAGCUUAUAAGAGGUUUCAUCAUCAUUUCAAGGAUGACCGUACCAUUAUUUGUGCCAAAGUGAGAGAUGGAACUUCAAGGACUGUCACAGUAAAAGAUGGCCAUCCAGAAGGAAAGCAUGUGAUCAUUAUUGAUGACCUGGUACAAACUGGUGGAACCUUGAGGGAGUGUGCCAAGGCACUUGUUCAGAGAGGAGCUGAGAAAAUCAGUGCGUAUGUGACUCAUGCUAUUUUCCCAAAAGAGUCAUGGAAACACUUUAUAGGCUGCACACCAGAAUUUGAAAAUUUCUGGAUGACAGACUCAGUUCCCCAUGCCGUUGAAAUCUGCAAGAAUCCACCUUUUAAGAUGAUUUCACUGUGUGAUUCAAUCUCUGAAUCUCUUCUUGGUUAUGACCUUAUGCCUCAGUGACUUUUGUGCAUGACAGAUCUCUACUGUACCAUGGACAUAAAACAUUUUAUCAUCAUUGUUUGAUAACAUGAACUAUUGGUAUCAACUAGGAGAUUUUUGUACAGGAAAUCUGAUGGCGAUAAUAAAAUAAUACAUUGUAAGGAUGCAGAUGUAAAAUUGCUUAUUCAUAGGCAUGCAGAUCACUUUCUUGUAACUGCAGUCAGAAAUUUGUUUAAGGUUCCUGCAGUAAAGGGUGAUGACUCCAAAAAGCAAGGUUUAGUGACAUCAGGAGAAUAUUGAAUAUAUUGAGAAAUCUUGAGCAUAUUAAACAUUCAAAAGGUGUAAUGA